AUGCCACCUGAAAUUUGCUCUGUAGAGGUAAUUGUGAUAGGGGCAGGAGUCGGAGGCCUCGCUGCCGCAAAAACCUAUCUUGAACUGUCACCGUUAACCAACCUUGUUAUCCUCGAAAAGAGAGCAACCAUAGGUGGUGUCUGGUCCGAAGAGAACUGCUACGAAGGCCUUAAGACAAACAACCUUGGUGGAACGUAUGAAUUUAGCGACUUCCCCAUGGGUGAAAAAUACGGCGUUAAAGAAGACCAGCAUAUCUCCGGCUCGAUACUACACUCUUACUUGAAUGAUUUCGCGGAUCAUUUUGACCUCCGCCGCCGGAUCCGCUUCAACACCCAGGUUUUAGAGGUUGAGAAGAUCGAUCAGAGUUGGCGCCUAAGUAUAGGUACCACCGAUUCACCCUCUGGUAUCGAGUACAUAUGCGAAAAAAUAAUCAUUUGCAGCGGUCUGUCGUCAACUCCCAAUCCCGUUAAUAUCCGCGGCAGUGACGAAUUUGAAAAGCCGAUAAUCACUCACUCGCAGUUGCGCGAGGAGGGAGCACGCAUCGCUCACGAUCCUGCCGUCGAGACUGUUACUGUUGUGGGGGCAUCAAAAACAGGUUACGACGUUGUACAGAUGAUGGCAUCGAAUCAUAAGAAAGUCAAUUGGGUCAUUCGCGAGUCUGGGGGCGGUGGAGUCUGGAUGGCAUCUCCAUGGGCCAAGUUUGUGGGAGUAAAAACGAAGCUGGAGUUGCUUGCAACCAUGAGAUUCUUUACAUGGUUUAGCCCAUGCGUUUUUGGAGAUUUUGACGGAUUCGGCUGGGUCAGGAAAGCCCUGCAUCAAACUCGCUUGGGAAGAUAUUUCGUGCACAAAUUCUGGGAAGGAAUCAGGAUGGAUAUCAUUGAUUCGAACGGGUACAGGAAAGAGGAAUGCUUGCAAUACCUCGAACCCCUACAAAGUUUAUUUUGGUCUGCGCGAGUCGGAAUUCUUAAUUAUCCGACCGAUAUUCACAACUACCUCCGCUCCGGCCAAGUCAAGAUCAUACGGAAAGACAUCAAAAACCUAACUGGGCCCAGAGUUAUCACAUUUUCAGAUGGUAGCAGUGUUCACACAGAUGCACUAGUCGCUAUCACCGGAUGGAAGCUCGCUCAAUCGAUGACUUACAAGCCCGAUGGCCUGAACAGCAGUCUGGGAAUUCCUUGCAGUGAUAUCAGCGCAGAAGACAGAAUCCUCUGGCAGCGAUUAGAUGACAAAGCAGAUGAGGAAAUUCUAGCCCGCUUCCCAUACCUCUGCAAUUCUCCACCUGCUAUUCCCUACAAGCAGAAUGUCAGCCCCUAUCGACUGUAUCGCGGCAUUGCACCCCCAUCGCUCGCGGUGAAGGGAGAUAAUUCUAUUGCAUACAUUAAGAUGGUCCACAGUACAAGCAAUAUAAUUAUUGCAGAGUGCCAAGCGUUAUGGACGUACGCUUAUCUGAAUGGGAAAAUAUCCCUUGACAAAACAGACGUAUAUCACCAGGCCGCUCUCUUGAAUCGCUACGGAAAGCACCGUUAUCCCUGUGGAUUCUCUGCGUGGUAUCCAGAAUUUGUCUAUGAUGCUAUUCCUUACGCAGACAUGCUCCUCUAUGAUCUUGGGCUUAAGCGUUGGAGAAAGCCUACUCUCAAGAAAGAGAUAUUUGAGGGGUAUACUAUUCAUGAUUACCGGGGGAUUAAUAGAGAGUGGCUAACGGCUCAAAUGAAGGCAGCAUCAAAUAUGUUAUGA